AUGGGAACCCAGAGACGGGUCGAGCAGCAGCAGGAGGGAGACAAGAGAGUAGGGCGUCCGGGCCACGGAGGAAUGCAAGCGGCCACUCGCUUCGAUCUGACUCAUCGAGGGGGAGGAGAGACGGGUGGUUCUGGUGGCGGAUUAGGUAGUGGCGAGGGAGGGGAAGGCGGGGGAUCGGGGCAUGGGAGGAAGCACAGCAGAGUGUCCACGAUGACCCACCUGCUGGAUUCGGAGCUGCUCCAGCUAGAGGAGGACAUGGCCCGGGAGGUGGCUCGGCAGGAGAAGCUGGCAGACGUUAUUGCCAUUGCUGGAGGCGACAUGCCGCAGCUGCCAGUGCAGGAGCUAGAGGACAAGGAGGAGAGGCAGUUGCACCGCGAGGUGACGCACAUGGGCGGCGAGCUGCGGUCGAUGCGGCGGGUGCUGCUGGAUCUGAGUGUGGAGCGGUGCAACGUGGAGAGGGCGCUGGAGCACGUGCACUGGCAAGUGGACUCGUUCGACGCCGUCAAGGCCAUGCAUAGCACGCAGUUCCACCUGCUGCAGCUGAUGGCACAGACGGAGGUGCUAAAGGACCUGCUGCAGAUGGAGAGGGAGGAGAACGAGCACGUCGAGAGCUUUGUGCGCCUCGCCCUGGCCGACCUGGAGGCCAGCGGCCCCAACAGCUUCCUUCUCGAGGCGUCCUCUGUGGACCUGCUGGAAACCCUCACCGCCUGCUACAUCAGCCAGGGCUCUGGCUUCACCCCGCUGCCUGGCGCUGGUGCUGCUGGCAUGGGUUUCGGUGGCGGUGCUGCUGGUGGGGAAGGGGGGUUGUGGGGGAGCGGGAGGAGGAGCCGGCGGGAGCAGGCGGUGCAGGGCGGGGAGUGGGGGAUGGGCGCAGGAGAGGGGGGUUUUCGGGGGAGUGGGGAGGAAGGAGGGGAAUUUGGGGAGGGUGAGGGGGGUGGAAGGGGGUUAUGGGAAGGAUUACCCACAGGCUUACCAGGGUAUGGGGAUGGGGAGGAUGAGGAUGAGUAUGAAGGGGAGGGUGAGAGAGAGAGGGGCCGACAUGGGAGUUCGCAUGGAAAGAGGCACAACGGGGAUGCCAGUAUUACAGUGGGGUCUAGAGGGAUGGGCAGUGGUAGGCGGAGCAGCAGCAGCGCCAGCAGGAGAGUGGCUCGCUCUCACAGUACCAACUCCCCUGGCUUUCCAGGGGGCAGCAGGGACGGACACACGGACCUGGGGUCAGGGUUUGAGGGCGAGGGGGAGGGUUCUUCUGGGGGAGGUAGUCCUGUUGCUGGUGUGGGGGGUGCAGGGGCACAGGGAGCAAGGGCGGGUUUGCCUUUGGGGGUGUCUGAACGGGUUCGGACUCGCAGUCUGCGUCGCAACCGCAGCAGGCACUCAGAGGAUGGCUUCGAACCCAGCCGUCUGGGCGGCAGCCCCGGGCGCUACAGUCCGGGGCAUGCCGCCCUUGAGCACGGGGGGAGCGGCUCGCCGCCCAUGGCGUCACACUCGCCGCCCAUCGUUCCUCGCUCGUUCACCCACCAUGGUGUAGCAGCUAGCAAGCUUUCGCAGGCAGGAUCAGGUGGAAUGGCAGGUGCGGGGUAUGCUGAUGCUCGUGAUAAUGCUUAUGAUGAUGAUGAGGAUGACGAUGGGUCGGUGGGGAGUGAGGAGGACGAGGAGUACGCUCGUCUCAUGGGGCUCGGAGGCUCGGAAAUGCGUCUGCAGGAUCCGCAGCAGCAGCAGCAGAAGCAGCAGGCGCUGGUUCGGCGGUCAGCCACGGCGCCAAUCAAGUCACUCAUGUCUGGAGCGUCCCCGGGCCUGGCGGGAGGCUCGGGAAGCAUGCAGGAACGGGAGGUGCAGAAGAGUGGUUCGGACGAGGCGGAGGAAGGGGGGAGGGGGAGGAGGGCAGCGAGGGGGCAAACGGUGCUGCCUGUGAUGUCUAGAUUGCUGGACCCGGAUGGGAUACUGCAGCCUCACGAGAGCCAUCUGGGGGACUCGUCCUUGACUGCUUCUCCUGCUCGAUCAGAAGACUCAACUCUGGAUCCCAUGGCCCAGCAUGCUCUGCGCAAGCCGCAGCCCCGACCGCCCCCGUCCCGCCCCGCGCCCCCGCCCGCCUAUCAGCAAAUUCGCCUCCUCCCCAACUUCCGCCCUUAA